CCGACCGCGGCGAGGAUGCUGACGUAGACCCGUGAUAUGAUCCAACUUUCGAUUCAUAUCGACCCCUGCCUGAAGAUUUUGGAGGAGGUGCUACAUCAUGGCCGACUUGGGAGAGCCACUGGAACUCUGCACGUGUUUCCAAGAAAAAGACUUGUUAUAUGUCGAUUCAGACGGUCUCGCAGGACAUGUCAUUAUAACAUGUAAAACCAACUCUGUUUUUGUAUUCAAGUUAGAUGACCAGAAAGCCGUACACAGCUGGUCGGUGAGGAGAGGGUUACACAUCACCAGUCCAGCCAGAUGGACCAGUGGGAACAGUUACAUCUCGGUCAUUAAUGAACAAAAUAUUCACACCUGGAGUAAAGAUGACUUAAGUUUCGAAAAGUCAACAAAAAAACAUCUCAAAUUCCCUCUACAUGAAAUUCUAACAACAGAAGGAUGGGACCCUGUGGCAGUGUGUAAAGAUGGAACUGUGGACUUUGUUGAGACCAUAAAGAGCUCCCACAAGGGAACUAACUCUGAUGCUGACCUGAACACAAUCUUCUCCUGUGGAAUCACAAGCACAAAUAAUGCUGUUUGUGUCACUUGUUUAUCGCAGCAAAAGAACUCGGAAUUAACAGUAACACACCACUGGUACAAACGGGACACAAAGGAAUGGAAGGUGCUGGUCACCACAGAGACGUGUCCAGACAAAGUCCAGUGUACGUCCAGUCAGUGUCGGACAGCUGGAUCAUCAGUCCGACUCUACUGUCUAUUGUCCAAUGGCAGUAUGGUGUUGUUGGAUCUGACACACCAGCAGGCCGACCCUGUCAGGCGGACCGUACAGACGAUACCGGGGGUGGGUAGCUCGGCAACCUUCACCGUCCUGGACACGCACCAUGUGGCCGUGGCUGGUACCACACAGGACAAACAAAAGGGAAUAGGGGUCUUUGAUCUCCAGUUUGGUACUUUAAAAGCUUGGCGACCAUACCCUGGUGUUGUCCAGCCAAAUGUCAAGAUAUACAGCCACCAUGGUAACCUGUUGGUUGCCUGUGGAAACACAAUGUACAUGAUACCCUACACUUGCCAGAAGUCCACUGUGUCCAGUAUCCUCGGUCAGCAGCAACAACUGACCACUGCUGAAGCCAGACCUACACUCCCGAAAUGUGUCGGAUGGCCGACCGUGGCAGGCACUUCUCAGAUGGAAGCACAGAUGGGAAAUCAACAAAAGACGGAGGAACUUGCAGCACGACUCUGUGACCAGGAAAAAACGAGAACUUACCAGAAGUUUCAGGGGGCCUUCUGGGGGCUAAUGAAAUGCAUAAAGGAAUUCAAGAGUGUGUGGUACAUGAGUUCAAUGUUUACCGACAUCUUGACACGGUGUCUGACGGAGACAAGGUUCUGGCCUGUCAAAGAGAUAACGGAGCUGAUGCAGCUCUACAACAUGCCAGCAAGUGUGAUGCCAAAGUUAGUGGAUGCUCUCAUACAACAUGGUGAAAUCUCUCUCCUACACAACUUCCUACAGAAGGUGACUGAUGUCCCCGAAGUGUGUCUGUGUAAAGCCCUGCAAUACUACAUCACGGCAGAAGAUGAAGAAUUGGCUAAAGCGGCGGAGACCAUAUUUAUAGAAAGUUUACUGCCUGACACUUCAUCAGAUGAAAAGCAGCCAUUUGGAGUCCAUAAGGCAUACUUUGUAAACUCCAUGCUGAAGGAGGGUUUUAAUGACGUGUUCUUGGUCGACUAUUUGAAGUCCCUUAACUUCAAAAAUGUUCUGGUUCUUUUGGAGCAUCUCCGCCACAUGUUGGGAAAUAGACUGGAAGAUAUAGAAAUCGAAGAGGAAGACAUGGACGAAGAGAUAUUGUUUUUAAAGAAGGAUGGUGAGAAGAAAAGGAGAGGCUUGUUGUUUGGUCAACCUACUAUAGGACAGAUUGCCGACUGGAUUUCUGUGACACUAGAUGCUCACAUCACACAGCUAAUUAUUUCCCCCGACGCGCGACUCACCCUUAUCAAUCUACAUACCUGCGUGGCCUCACAGGUACAGUUCUAUGAUGAGCUAUCAGGGUUGGAGGCACUCCUGGACCAGCUCAAGGCCAAGUGUUCCGUGACGUCCAAGCAGGCCGUCGGUCAGUACUGUGUGGAGGUUCUACACAUCCGUUGAUUCUACGCCACAAAUAAAGUCAUUAUUUACUGUU